AUGGGUCGUCUAUGUGAGAGGUGCGCUCAGCUCUUCCAGGACUUUGUGAACUUUGUGAGGAGGCUCUCGUCCAGGAUAGUGGAGCACAUCAAGGAGUGCCUGGCUAUGCUCCGAGAAUGCUGCUGCCUCAACCGCAAGGGCUCCUCAGUCAGGGAGCUGUACCAGCCUGUGCUGCAGAGCCAUGAGAAGCAGGCAGCCCAGGAGUUCCUCAAUCACAUGGAGACAGGUUUAAAUGAGACCCCGGUAGGAAAAGAAACCCUGGAUGCUUUGAUGAUCUUGGCUUUUUCAGAAAAUUCUGACCUACAACAUUCCGCUGCCCUUUACUAUUUGCAUUUGAGCCAGCAUAUGAAUACACUGCUGCCUGCAGAGUUCUUGGAGCCAUAUCAGCCUUUGCUACAGUCGGCUGACCUGGAGGUCCAACAGAUGUCUUCCUUGUCUCUUGUGAAUUUUCUUCUUGAAGGAAACUUGAGUAAGGAGCUUGUUGUCCAAGUGGGAUUGCUUGAGCCAAUACUUGAGCUGCUGGAAUCAGGGGAUUCUGCUGUACAGUGUAACUCCUGCGCAUGCAUCAUGACAUUGGCUAUCUCUGAAUCAAAUAGAGAGGCUAUUGGUAUUGCUGGAGGGAUCCUUCCUCUUCUGACAUUGGCAAAGUCUUAUGAUCCCAGAGUCCAGCAGAAUGCUGUUGGGGCUAUUCUGAACUUGACUCGAUCAGAGCGCAUUAAAAGUAUCUUGUGCCGAGAAGGAGCUCUUCCAGUCUUGACUCUGCUUCUGCAGUCAGCUGAUUCAGAAAUCCAGUACUAUAGUUGUGCCUCAUUGGGUAACAUUGCCGCUAAUCCGGAGCAUCAUAAAGCCAUGCUAGCCAUUGGUGACAAAUUCCUACUCCGAAUGCUGGUCUCUCUGAUGUCUUCGUCUGUGCAGAAGGUCUCAAGUCAGGCGUGUCUUUGUUUAAAUAACCUAGCUUCAAGUGGGGAAGUUCAGACUCACCUCCUGGCUAUGGACAUCAUGCCUCUCGUCCUUUGCUUGCUCAACUCUAGCAGUAGAGAUGUCCGACAAGCUUCCAUUACUCUUCUUUGCACCAUGUCUCACUCACCUGGAAUCAUGGAUGUCUUGCUGUGCGAAGAAAUGCUGCAGCAUUUAGCAAUGUUGAUGCAGACAGAGAGGGCAAAUCCUGUGGUUGUGAUUCAUGUAGCUUGCACCAUCCAGAAUCUGAGCCAAGCAAAGGACAUUGAGGUCAUUGUACAAAGUCAGUGCUUUGAGGAAUUACUACUAGCCCUUCUGGAUCCUAAUAAUGAAGAAGAAUCUCUGCAGUAUGUGGCAUCAUGCAUUGCUGAACUGGCUAAACAUGACUAUGCAAGGGAGAAUCUCAUUAAAAGGAAGGAUAAAGCUUUUCUCAAGUGUUUGGUGAAACUGUCUGGAUGCCUAGAACAAAAAGAACUCUCCUUUCAAGCUGCUACAGUUAUUAAACAUCAUCUGUCUCAUUCUGGGAGAAUUGCUGCAUAUUUAAAACCUUUCAUGAAGGAUGUUCAAACCUACCUCAUGAGUUUCCUCAGUCAUCCAGAGCUGCAGUUCCAGCAGAUGGGCAUUGCCACUCUGUGCUUGUUAAGUGAAGAUACAGAGUUUUCAAUGGCAAUCAGUCAAAGUCCACUGAAGGAACAGCUUGAGCAAGUGCGGCAGCAGACAGAGGAGACUCAGGCAUUGCUCCGACUGGCCAUCAGUCACACAGACAGUUUAAGCUUAAAUGAGUGA